AUGCAGACAGAAGAGUUCUGGAAGGCUUUUCUACAUAGUCGCAUCAUCCCAUUUUCUCAUGAGGAGUAUCUUCGCGCAGCCUAUCUUACUCUUAUCCGCUCGAAGAACCGUCGCCGUGGCUUGUUGGAUAUUGCCACCGAGUUUGCUGAAAACAUUAAUAACCUCAGAAAGAGGUCAUCGCAGAUCACCUUGCCCCCAGUGUCAAGGACAUUGACAGUUUUCUGGCUCUAUCACGUCAGACUGGCAAUCCGGGCUAUGGAGGAGCACGAAGAGAAGUACGACUAUAAGGCCGAUGGCUUUGGUCGUCUCAAAAACUACCUUCCAGCACUAUUCAAUCCCGAAUUACACAAAAAGGUCCGUGAACAACUCUUCAAGGUUGCCAACAACAAUGAACCUGGGCACGAUCCUGAGCGUGUGCUGCGGUUUUCGUUUUACGUGGUGCGACGGUAUCUGCGCCCCAGGGAAUCACGAAGCCGCAACAUUAUUCUUAAAUAUGCGUUCGCCUCGUUGGAGAAAUAUCUCAUACGCCUGCGGACAAAGCACAAGGCAGCCUCUCCAUACUCGCUCACGCAAACGUACUUUUUCAUCCAGCUUGUCCAUGCAGCGCUUGCCCAACUUGCGAGCCAUAGACAUGCUAAUUUUGUACAAGACCUGAGCUUCCCACUAUUCAAACAAAUUUCUGGAAUUUCCUCAACGUCUUGGCAAGAUUAUUAUAGCGAAAAGCUCUGGAACAGCUUUGAAGCCCGGGCGUCCUUUGUUUUCCCCGAUCUUAAGCCACUCCCAGACACAGUCACCCCAUUUGCUGAUCUUUCGAGGAACGAUUUCAAGAGCCGGUUAACUGACGAGUUCCUGGACGUCGGUCUCAUUCCCGAGCUUCCUCCGCUGGAAGUUCUUCACUUUUACCAGGAUCUUUUCAUGGCUACAGUUCCAUCUCUUCCUGAGAGAAUGUCUCCCGCCGGUGUUACUUCCUACGAGACGUUAUCAAACCCGCCAAAAUAUCUGAAGCCGGACCAGCACCCACAGCUGUACCACACAUGUUCCUGUCAUCUAUUUGAGCCGUUCACGGAGGAAGCACUGGCAACGAUUGCAGCACGCACUACAGAGAUUGAGUGGGCGUACGAAAGGUACAGGAAGGGCGAUUCUUUCCGGAAUCCGACGGUCAGCCCUCGGGUCAAGGGAUCUACGUUUGAGCAGUGGCUGACACAGUGUGAGGGGCACCUGUUGAUUGCGUAUGAUGAGAGUUGGAGGGCGUUUCUCAUGCGGAAACAGUGGGAAGGGGAAGUGGAGUUGAAAAAGAGGGGGGCAGGACUGGGGAUCAGAACCGAUGGGUGGUUUGCGUGGCUCCAGACUGACGGUGAGGGUGAGGACAAGGAAGAUGAGGGGCAGUCGGAUGGAGAGAAGACGUUGGCAUGUGAGGACGAUCAUGGACCGGCGGUGAAGGAGAAGGAAGAACAAGAUGAUGAUUGGGAACAUGUUGGCUAA